AGUUGGUUGUGGUAUAGGUGUUGUGUCAAACUAUUCCAAAUUUACACAUUUAUACCACAGAUGGCGCCACGCGUGUUAAUAACAGGUUUAAAUGUUGUAGUGAGUGAUGAGAACAACUAACGUACAAUACAAUAUGCUGUACUGUACUGUACUGUAGUAACUUAUUAGUGAAGUAAAUCAUGUCUAUACCAGACAAAUCUUGGCAGCCGCCUUAUGUUGUCUUAGAAACCUCUAUGGGCGAGGUCACCCUUGAGCUGUACUGGAAACACGCCCCCAACACUUGUCGAAAUUUUGCAGAGUUGUCCCGGCGAGGAUAUUAUAAUGGCUGCAAGUUUCACCGAAUUAUUAGAGACUUUAUGAUACAAGGUGGGGAUCCAACAGGUACAGGAAGAGGAGGAGCAUCAAUAUACGGCAAACACUUCAACGACGAGAUCCACGACGAACUAAAACACACGGGGGCCGGCUUACUGUCCAUGGCCAACGCAGGACCAAAUACAAAUGGCUCUCAGUUCUUUCUUACUCUGGCUCCUACACAGUGGCUGGAUGGGAAGCAUGCCAUAUUUGGUCGUGUGUCGGCUGGGAUGCAGGUGGUGAAGAGGAUGGGCCUGAUUGAGACGGACAACAAUGAUCGACCUGUGGAUCCGGUUAAGAUAAAACGUGCCUAUGUUAAAAUGCAUUAAACACUUUUUUGUCUUAA